AUGACGUCACUGUCCCGUGCCGGAGGACAGAGUGCAGAGACACAAGCAGGCAUCAUUCGGCUACCUAUCGGCCGCUCUGCUGCCUCGGUGGCGUUGUGCUGCGACACGGUGACUCUGGUUGUUCAUGUGUCUUCCUCAGGUGUGACGGGACAGGUCCACCUGGACGAGAACGGAGACAGAGAGACAGACUUCGCUCUGUGGGACAUGAUUGACAACAACACAAGCGCCUUCCAGAUAGUUUUGGUGUACAACAGUUCAGAGGAGCAGCUGACCGCCAUCCCUGGAACCACCCUGCAGUGGCUGGGUGGAGUUCCUCCGCUCGACGUUCCCGUCUGCGGCUUCAAAAACGACAACCCGGCCUGCCUCACCAAGACGGUCACCAUCCAUCAGAUGGUUUCCAUCAUUAUCUUCUUCCUCUUCAUGAUGACGCUCACCAUCACCGUCUUCAUCUACAGCUGUCUCCAGAGAGGUUCAAACUACGGCUCCCUGAUGACUGGCGAUGGGAACAUGCAGGUGUUUGCAAAGACCGGAUACUACAAGGGAAACAUUGUCGCCAUCAAAUACACCAACAGGAAGCGCAUCGAGCUGAACAGGAAGGUCCUGUUUGAACUGAAACACAUGCGAGACGUUCAGAACGAACAUCUGACCAGGUUCAUUGGAGCGUGCAUCGACCCCCCCAACACCUGCAUCAUCACCGAGUACUGUCCCAGAGGAAGUCUGCAGGACAUCUUGGAGAACGACAGCAUUACUCUGGACUGGAUGUUCAAAUAUUCUCUCAUCAACGACAUCGUCAAGGGCAUGGUGUUCCUCCACAACAGCGUCAUUGUGUCCCACGGCAAACUCAAGUCGUCCAACUGUGUCGUGGACAACCGCUUCGUCCUGAAGAUCACGGACUACGGUUUGUCCAGCUUCCGGUCCCUGAGCGACUGUGGGAAAGACGCCUACGCCUACUACGCCCGACAGGACCCGUAUAAACAGCCGUCCUGUCAAAAUAAGGGCCUGGAGGGGGACCCUCUUAGCCCCAAAGAGAUCGUGGACCGGGUGGUUCUGGGCGAGUGGCCCUGCCUCAGACCCACCAUCGACCCCCAGGUCCACAGUCCCGAGCUGGGUCAGCUGAUGCAGCGCUGCUGGGCCGAGGAGCCCACGGAGAGACCCGAGUUCAACCACAUCCGGGUGCUGCUGCGGAAACAGAACAAGACGUUCCUCGAGACGUUCCUCGAGCGGUUCCUCGAGCGGUUCCUCAAGACGUUCCUCGAGACGUUCCUCAAGGCGUUUGUGUUCCUGUCUGAGCUGCUGCUCGGAGCGGUGGCAGAUCUUGAAGGUGCGGACGGCGUCCAGCAGGGCGAGCGCCAUGCGGGCGAUCUCUCGGCCGUGCUGGUUCCCGUUCCGCACCGGCAGCCCCGACACCACCAUGUAGGCGUCGCCGAUGGUCUCCACCUGGGGGCGCCAUGGCAACAACCACAACAGGUGUGUGUGUGUGUUAUUGUGUGUGUAUGUAUGUGUGCGUGUGUGUGUUUAGCGCUGAAGAUCCACGUGUCGGCAGCGACUCGCGACGUCCUGACGGAGUUCAACUGCUUCCAGCUGGAGCGGAGAGGAGAGAUCGACGUCAAGGGCAAAGGGAAGAUGACCACCUAUUGGCUCCUGGGAGAGAGCGACAGCCAAUGACAACGCACCGCCGACAGGAGCACGACGGAGGACGGAGACAGAGGAGGACGGGACGAAGAGACGGGAAGGAGAUGAGAGGAAGGGAAAGAGGGAGGUAUGGAAAGACAAGGCAAGGCAGCAUUACCGUAGCAACAGGUAACUGAAAAGGUAGGAAGUAGAGAAGGAAGGGAAGGAAAUGAGGGAGAAGGAGACAAAGGAGGGAAGUCAAGGGAAGGAAGUAGAGAAGGUAUCUCCACAAACGUCUCUGGUCCUCGUCCUCCUGCAGCCGACCCGUCAGAAGACUCGUGUGUGUCACUUCCGAGCGAAAGUCGGGGGGAAAAAUACUGAAACAUUCAACUGACACGGAUACG